AUGGCAACUCAUACAGCAAGUUCAGCACAAGAAGAAGAACAUAUUUUCCGAAGCCGGUAUCCGUCAGUUCCGGUGCCGGAUAACUUAACGUUGCCAGAUUUUGUGCUUCAAAAUUCAGGGUUGUACGCUGAUAAGGUGGCAUUUGUGGAGGCUGUCACCGGAAAAGGGUAUACUUAUGGCCAAGUUACUAGAGGUGUCAAGAGGUUUUCCAAGGCCUCAAGGUCCCUUGGCCUGAGGAAUGGAAAGGUGGUGGUUGUGGUACUCCCUAAUGUAGCAGAAUAUGCCAUUGUUGCUCUAGGAAUAAUGGCUGCUGGUGGAGUUUUUUCGGGUGCCAAUCCUUCAUUGCAUGCUUCAGAAAUAAAGAAGCAAGUGGAGGCUGCUGAUUCCACACUAGUUGUCACUGAUGGGCCAACUUGUGAGAAGGUUAAAGGUUUGGGACUACCAGUAAUUGUACUAGGCGAAGAACGCAUUGAGGGGACCAUACAGUUAGAUGAAUUGCUUGCAGCUGCAGACCGUUGCAACAUUGAUAACAUUACAGAAAGAGUCAACCAAACUGAUUUAUGUGCCCUUCCAUUCUCAUCUGGCACUACAGGGCUCUCAAAGGGUGUAAUGCUGACCCAUCGAAACCUAGUAGCGAAUCUUUGCUCAUCACUCUUCAGUGUAGGACCAGAACUGGUGGGACAAGUCACCACACUUGGCCUAAUACCAUUCUUUCAUAUAUAUGGCCUUACUGGAAUUUGUUGUGCCACUCUUAGAAACAAGGGGAAAGUUGUAGUGAUGGAUAGGUAUGAACUUGGUGCGUUUUUGGGUGCAUUGAUUGAACAUGAGGUCACUUUUGCACCAAUUGUGCCACCCAUAAUUUUGGGGCUUAUUAAGAAUCCCAUAGUGGAUGAAUUUGAUCUUGCUAAGCUCAAGCUCAGGUCGAUCAUGACUGCAGCAGCUCCACUUGCUCCGGAGCUUCUUAGUGAAUUCGAAAAGAAGUUCCCUAGUGUUGAAGUCCAAGAGGCUUAUGGAAUGACAGAGCACAGCUGCAUUACACUGACACAUGGGGACCCAAACAAGGGCCAUGGCAUUGCAAAGAAACACUCAGUUGGGUUCAUUCUUCCCAAUUUAGAAGUGAAGUUCAUUAAUCCUGCCACGGGUCAGUCACUCCCCAAGAACACCCCGGGUGAGAUUUGUGUGAGAAGCCAAUGCGUGAUGCAAGGUUACUACAAAAAUGAGUACGAGACUGCCCUCACCAUCGAUGAAAAUGGAUGGCUUCACACUGGUGACAUUGGUUUCAUCGACGAAGAUGGAGAUAUUUUUCUCGUGGAUCGCAUCAAAGAGUUAAUCAAGGUCAAAGGAUUUCAAGUUGCUCCUGCUGAAUUAGAGGGCAUCCUUCUAACUCAUCCUUCGGUCGAAGAUGCUGCUGUCGUGGGACUGCCCGAUGAAGCAGCAGGGGAGAUACCAGGUGCAUGUGUGGUGAUGAACUCGAGGGCAAAAGAGAGUGAAGAGGAAAUUAUGGAGUUUGUUUCAUCUAAUGUAGCACAUUAUAAGAGAGUGAGAGUGCUGCAAUUUGUGGACAAAAUCCCAAAAUCGCCUUCAGGAAAGAUAAUGAGAAGGCUUAUCAAAGAAAAGAUGGUUGAAAAUAUAAAACCCAACUCCAAAAUUGGCGUAGAAAGACGGCUUUUGAAGUGA